GAGUAAAAUAUCGUGUAUCGCUUCGUGUGUCUAGUGUCGCCCUUGAUGAAAAAAUGGCGAGAUUAUAGAUGGCCUAUCCGGAUUCCGUAGUACGCACACUAUUUGAAUAUAACGAUUGACUGUAACAUGCUGUAAAAUUACGUUCAAUUGUUUAAAUAAUUGCUUUGAAUGUGGUUAAGUACAGAAUUGAUUUGUUUUCAUAUUCUGUAUCUUCGUGGGCCUAAUAAUUCAUUUAUUCAACGCUAUAAGUGAUAUAUAAUCUGAGAUAAAGAAUAUUGACUCUGUAGUUUAUUGUGUUGACUGCGACAUAAUUGGGCAUUGUCAAAAGCAUACUCUACUCUGCAACGAAUAAAAUCCUCGCGGUUCUAAUCGGUAAUCUCAAGUCAGUAGUAUUUAAUGUGCGACAUAUAUGUUUACCACUAAUCAAUGUGUUUACAUACCCUAUGCGUGGUAUUAAACGCUUCGGAAGGCUUAUGUAAAUCAACUUGCGUAAAUAUAUCAGUUAUCAGAUCCUAUUCCACGAAUGUAUGAAACGAUUUAUAAGCAAUUUACUUCCUCGUUCGUGUCCAGUGGAGAUCUGACUUACAGACGUUUAUAUUUACUAUAAUACGUCUGACCAAAGUUUUACAAGUAGCUGAAGACCCACUUUGACGAUACUAAGGGGUACACAAACGUUCUCUUCAUAAAAAGUACUAACCCGCACCCGACGACCUCGGUCUAUGAGAUCAAUCUUUCCGGCACCAUGGAUAGGUAUACAGACACCUUUUCUACGUCAACAGUCAGCGAUAUACAAACGAAGGCACGUCGACGAACACGUAGAGAAGACCGAUCGCAUACACAGGCCUGUGAAAAAGCUCAGUCGAAACCUUCAGAUGCGGAAAAUCGUGAUGGUAGACCGGAUACAUCAAACGCUGCCGAUACUAUUUCACUGUCAAGAAACGUUUCUUUCGUGCCUUAUCCAUCUGCAGCGUAUCCCAACUACCAACCACCGACCGUUAAGGAUGAGGAAUUAUCGAUAAAAGCACUUAAAACAUUCUUCAGCAGGUUUGAAGAGAUGCAGCAGUUGGUUGGAGAUGCUAAACAGGAGAUGCAUAAUUUUUCCAGCUUACAAAACCCGAUGCAGGUAAAUAGUCUGAAAGACAAAGCAACUAAACUGGAAGAAAAAAUGCUUGCUAUGGAGAAAACUCAUGCUGAUAAAAUCGACCACAUCGAAAAGGCAUACGAAGAUCUGAAACGAUCAAAAGAACAGAUUGAAUUCAAAAACGAUGAACUUAAGCUAGAACUGGAAAAAGCAAAACUUGCUAAUAAUGAAUUAGUAACACAAAAUAAUAAUAUUACGUCAGAAAAUCGACUUAAUCAAAAAGAGCUGGCAAAAACAAAAAAUGACUUAAAUAAAGUGAAAGCAGAAUUGUCGCAAUCCAACUCUAGGUUAAGCAGACAAAUGAGCAACAGCCUGACAGAGAACAACCCACAAAUAGCUGAUCUCAGUGAUUCAAACAGACCGUCAAAACUGGGAGAAAAACACUCGGAGCUGUACGACAACGAGUGGACUGACGCCUUUGAAGAAUUAGUGAAAAAAUAUGAAACAGACGAAUCCGCUAUUAAAACACUUCUUGCAAUAUUAAAGGAUGUUCACACGUUCUGUGAAGUAAAAUCCGCUGAACAAAGUAAGCAACUUAGGCAGGUGGCUUGCAUGUGGAACGAGGAGCUCGAACGUGAAUCAUAUACACUUCAAACACCGGUGAAAGAGUUUAGGAAGUACACAGCAGAACUCGGUGUCCAAGCUGUUCGCAAGGAUUAUUAUGAGACAGAAAAAACAAAGAACCUAGAAUUCUUCUCGAAAUCAAAGAAACGUAAGUACAUCGACGGAUGUCUGAAGCUCUGCUGGCUGAUGAAUGUACAGGACCCUCCGGUAAUUUUUGCUGAUGCAGCAGCCCCAAAUUCGGAUUUCAACACUGUACUGUACAAACCGUACACAUGCUCUGGAAGUCAUGUUGACUAUGUCGUCUGACCGGCAUUGUUGCUACACCCAGGAGGCGCAAUCCUUGCGAAGGGUAUAGCGCAAGGGUAUAAUGAACGCACCACCAGUCACAAAGCAUCAAUUCAUACCGAACACAGAUCCCAUGGUUGCCAUGAUAGUUCCGCAGUUACACAUGGUAUUAGCAGAAAACCUGUUGAAGUCAAAGAUGCUAGUGGACCUGGAAAGGAAACGACACCUCAUGAUCAAUUGUUCAUCAAAGAAUGAUACAGAGAAUACAAGUAGUAACGCAGUCGCAAUGUCGGUUGACCAACUUGUUCAAGAUUUGUUUGCUACAACGUCGAAGAAGAAAAACUCUGGUGACCCUAUGCGUAACAUGUCCAGUGACCGACCAGCAGAUCUAUCAAAAUCUUAAGUUGAUACUACACUCGGGAAUGCAGCAACGUUAUGAAACGUAUGGUUUAUAAGAAGAUUCAAAUGUGUUUUAAUAAUUUUUAUAGGAAGCCUGACUUAAGAAGAAUGAUAUUAUCGUAAGUUUAAAAUAUGUAUAUUUGAAAUGUAUAUCAUGCAUAUAAGCGAAUGGCACUUAAUAUUAUUAAUGACACAACGUGUACAUGUAUUGACAGAACACAGCUUUCAGGUCUGUCUUAAACUAGCUAGAAUGGAUGUUGUCAUGUGCCGAUAGGUAAUCUAUUAACCCGAUGUAUACUUUCUAUAUUCCCACUCCAAUAAUCAAAACUAUAAUAUGACCUUUUAUUUCUUCAAAACCAUUUUAUUUAGCAUUCGUAUGAAUGCACAAUAUAUGUCAUAGGUCUAUUGAAGAUGCUUAGUGUCGGGCAUAAUGAUCACUGUAAUUCUACAGCAGUUAAUAACAUAAGCCUAAAAAAUUUCGUAUUUAAAUUGUUGAUAAUGAACAUACCGAGCUAUUUAAGUAUGUGAAUCUGAAUCAGAUAAUGCCUACAUAAUAUUCUCAGAAAAUAGUCAUACAAAAGAUAUAUGUCACCAAAUUUAUUUUGUGAACAAAAGGAAUGACACUAAAAAAGUAAUAUAUUGUUUUGCACUACUUGUGUCAUCUGGUCGAAACAGCGUUGUUUAAAUCUGCACUAUGUGUAUAUAUAGCAAGGCAAGUGAUCGCCUUUCAAAUUAUGUGCACGCUAUUUAAAUAAAAUGUCACCUUGUUUAUAAAACGCAAAAAAAAUAUUCAAUAACUUAAAAUCAGAUGUAGUAUUUUAUUAUGAUAAAUUUAUAUUUCAAGUGUUCUAUAUAUAAUGUACAUAGGUCAAAUAUUUUUAUAUUUUGCGACAUGUUGUAUAUGUAUCCCGAAUAAAAAUAUAAUGGUCCAUUAUUAAUUGGUACAAAUUAUCUCACCAUGAGCUGUUAUAUAUUUUGUUGCAGCUGAAAACCUAUACAUUAAUACGCGUAUCUAAAAGUGAAAAUUGCAAUAAUUUAUUUCAAGAAUCCCUAUAAACUGUCCUCUGAACUGCAUAGUUUUGCUCUUCAAGAUUGCGAAGGAGUAAACGCCUCAUUUCACAAGCGUAACAAGGGGGAGGGAUGCGUACUCGGCGAAUUCAACCCUAAAAUGUAUAGGACAUGCAUAUAUCAGAAUAUAGAAGCGAAAUAUAUGUCAAUCUUUUUUCGCUCGCUUCGCUCGCAACUAGAAUGCGUUAAAAUAGUGAUUUUUGCUUACUUUAAAUCGAUACUAGUUGGUAUUGGUACGACUUACUGCAAAUAUAAAUGAAGAUGAGAUUAUUCUUAAUUUUGUUUAUAAAUAUGUAUAAACACAUUUCAGCUACAUAUGCAUUACUCCUAGACCACGUGACAAUUUUUAAUAAAGAUACAAAGAAACCAACAUUAUUUAGACAUUUAAGCUCAAUACUAGGCUCUCAAAGGUUUCACGAUAGCGAAUUAGUAAAAUUCGGAUAGUUUGGGUGUGAUCUCUCGACGAUCCAAAACCAUUGCAUACCAGUUUUUUUAACAAUUCCUCGAUAUUCCGAAAGCCUCGCUACCUGAUCAGGAUGAAACAGCUUUCGGCGUUUAAAUUAUGAAAGUUUUAAAUUUCGGACGAUUAAUGAUUUUUGGGAGAUUUGGUAUGUCCAGAACAAUCGGAAACCAUUCGUUACUUUCUGGAACCCGUCACAAUUGUCAGUGCAAAUUCGUAAAGUCUUUUCAGGCUAUUUAAUAUCGUAUUAAUCCAGAGCGGAUUCUCUGAGAUGCAUAAACACAAUUGUAUAAGUAUGAUAUAUUGAACGGCUAUGACGUCGGAAUGUGUACAAGGGGCCAACUCAUCUUCAAGGUUUACAAACACGUAUGAGCACAAGGCGUAAGGAUCGUUUCUAAGCUUUUGUGUUCAUGUAUUUUCUUGAAAAUAGUGUCAUUCUUUCAAGACAAAAUGCCCAAAAUAAUUAGUACAUCGUGCGUUUGGGUUUUAAUAUUGAAUAACAUGGUAACACGAUUUUUUUAAUUCUAGAAUAAUAAUUUCACUCUACUGAAAAGCAAUGCAUUGUUUUAUUUGAUAGUAAUUUUAGCAUAUUCCGAUUUGAUAUUAUUGAUAUGUUGUAAAUAAAAUAUUAUAUAAUUGUA